AGGAGGGGGAAGAUCAUUUUCCACAGCUCAGCCAAUCACAGCGAUGUCUACUUUGUAAACCUUGAUCGCCUCUUGACUACAUCUCCAUUUGGGUGGGAAGACAUCAGCAGUGCAAGACCAAGGUGCUGUACCACAAUGAUCGGAGGACUGGCUGCUUUGAUUCUUCUUAGUACAGGGUCUCUGCUUCAAUCUGCAGAGGUUCCUCAUCAGAUCUCUCUGACUGUGGUUGAACUUGGAGGGAAUGUUACUUUGCAGUGUCCAGUUUCUGAGAAGGAUGGCAAAUUCUUUUACUGGUACAAACAGUCUCUCGGAUAUAUGGCCCAAACAGUUGCAACUGCAGUUCAGGGUCAGUUAACAGUAAGUGAACAGUUUGACAACCCACGGUUCAAAGCAACAAAAGGAGUUGCUCAGUAUCUUCUUACCAUCACAAAUGUCAGCAAAGAGGAUGAAGCAACAUACUUCUGUCACUAUGGAGUGCCGUAUUCAUGGAGUUUCAGCGAAGGCAUCUUCUUGGCUGUGAACGAUAGUAAUCAGCAGAAAUGUUUCCAUGUGAAACAAAGUCCGGACACUGAGUCGGUCCAGCCAGGCGACAGAGUGAAUCUCCAGUGUUCACUUCUUUCCACGUACAAAACCAACAGAGAUGAGUGUCCAGGUGAAGACAGAGUGUACUGGCUCAGAUCUGGAUCAGGAGAAUCUCAUCCAAGCAUCAUUUACACUGACAGAGACAAACAAGAGGAGAGAAGUUGUGACUACAGUCUGUCCAAAACUAUACAGACCUCCUCUGAUACUGGGACUUACUACUGUGCUGUGGUCACAUGUGGAGAGAUCCUGUUUGGUGAAGGAACUAAAGUGGAAACAAGAUCAGAACUUGAACCAGUUGUCCUUGCUCUUGGAGUCCUGUUGGCCUGCUGUGUGACUGUGAUUGUCGUCCUUAUCUUCUACGGAAAUCGAAGGAAAGUUUGCGAACACUGCAAAGCUUCCCAUCAUCUUGGACAUGACAGAUUAACAGUGGAUCAAUCUAAUCAUCUGGAUGGUGAAGAAGAGGCCGUGAACUAUGCAGCACUGGAGUUUUCUACAAGGAAAGUGAAAAGAGGAAAGAGGAAGAUCGAAAACACACCAGAGUGUGUGUACUCUUUUGUAAAAGCAGAUUAUCACAACCAGCAACACCCCUCUCUGUAGACAAAUCUGAUGGCCGCUUUGUGUGUUCUGUGCUGCUAUUACUGCAGUGGCAAACUGUAGUGACUCAGUGUCUGCUGCUGCCUGCUAACAGCCACCAUGUUAGCUGGUGACUUUCAGCAGAAUGUGUCUGUGGUUGCACGAAGUAACUUGCGUAAAUGGCUGGCAUAGAUAAUGAACACAGAUGAGUACGUACUGAAAACUGAUUAAAGUAAGAAUCUAAUUAUGAGUACACCUACAUGUUGUCAACAGCUGUUACUAUGAGCAACCACGACGUAAUUGAAUGAGACACCAGUUAGCACAGUCACUUCUUACACCAAAACAUCGGACACCAUUGUACAGAUCUGUUUGUGAUGUCAACAGAAUGAUGUUACCUUUGUGGUCGUUCCCCAACUUAGAGUGACUAAUGACGUUUCUCACACUAACGUCACAGUCAGCUGACUGCAUUAAUUUAUUAUGUGGGACCACCGCAGCUCCGAGACAGUGUCUUAGCCCAUUUAUGUUAGCUCAGUAAGCAGAGUUUUUCCCAAGGUUUUCCACUGGUGUUGGAGCAGCUGGGAGCUGCACACAUUCUUCCCAAAGUCCUACAUCAAUUUGAAAAGUAAUGUUGCCUAAAAAUCAAAAGUGAAGGUUCACUUAUUCGCACAGCUUGCAUUCAAAGGCACUUGUAUUGUAGGGAGAUGCCACCACAGUAAUGCCAACUUGUUAACUUCCCCACAUUUAUGUAUAGAUAGAGCAGGGCCUGUGCAAAGGUCCCCAAGCCUAUAUACUGAUCUUCAGCUCAGUUCACACAUAGCUUUUUAUUCCCAACUGCCACCCAUCCAUAUAAACAUAAGUUUUGCACUCAGCAGAUUUUGUGAGACAUCAUCAGAUUUUCAGUUGCUUUGUUAAUGUGUUGCCACAGUUCACAUAUGUGCCUGUAUUUUAAUAAGAGACCAUCAUGACAUGUCUGUGGACUUCUGUUUGCUUCUGUUGUUUUGUUGACACAAGAAUAUGGCAUAAGAUAUUUAUAUCAUCUUCUCAUAUGGAGUGACUGCAUCUUCAUUCAUCACAAAUACAACAGUAUACCUGUAAAGUUGUUAAGUUUAGAAACGUGAUAAAUUCUGCUUGUGUCUUUUGGAUUGAUUUCAGUGAUUCUUGAUGGCCAACACAGAUUGAUGUUCGAAAGCAGUGUAUUUUAUUUAUUGACACAGUUUAACAGAGUUACAAAUCAGGUUCAAGAGUAGUUACACAAGCACAACAACAAAAA